GUCAACGCCAUAAACAAAGCGUACCACGUCCGAGUCAACGCCCGAGUCCACGCAUCACGAUGCAGGUCCACGCAGUUCCAGACGCUGAGCGCGCCUAUGACUCGACUGGGCGCCGUCUCCCGUGGGGCUUUGACUUUCCAGACUCAGAAAACUCCAAGCGUCGUAUACCCGAAGAACGAGGACCUUUCGGUAAGGCGCGCAAGCGCGGUGUCAGCCGAAGCAAGACCCCAAACAUAUCGAGCGCUCAGGAUCUCGCUAAGCAGGAGAACCUGAAGCACAUCGACGACAUCUUUGCGCAGUACAAGGCAGACGACAAGCAGAAGUCGCUUCGCAAAAGCUCUACCUCACAGCUCCCCGCAUCCGCCUCCGCGCCAAACCUACUAGACACCGGAGGAGUUACGUCUUCGUUCCAGACUGGUGUGUCUACCAAUGGGGCCAAGAUUCCGAAGGAGGUGAUAUUGUACGGAUUCGGCGAAGGGCAACAAUGGGCCGCUAUCAGCAAGUUCGAGGAGAUUUCGAAUGGUACGAUAUAUGAGGAAUACGAGCGACAGCCGCAGGAUCCGAAGUUCGGUCUGUCAUUCGGGGCCCCGCGCGAGCUACAGAAGAGCAAGCUCUCCGCCAGUCAAGUUGGUAGAAUCAAUGAGUACGUGGGAGGAGAUCACUGGGUCAAAAUCACAUUCGACUCGGCAGAGGCUGCAGAUCGCGCCAUCCAUUGGUCACCACAUACCAUCUGGGGUUACGAGGUCUAUGCGGAGGAGUACCGAGGUGUUGGCCCCAAAGACGGCGACAGGCCGAUCCCCGCAGGCUCCUUGUCGCUCACAGCCUCGCCGGCCACGAUAUCCUCGGGUACCGUGCAUGGCGGCGCCUCUCAGUCCUCAGCGACCGCAUCUUCGGCUACAGCAACUGGCUCCGCCCCCGCAUUGCUCUCCGCGCGACGUUCCUCGCGGCCUCGUCUCGGCGGAUGGGACGACUCUUUCGAUUUGGAAGACACGACUACACGAACAUCUCACGCACUAGCAUCAGCGUCACAAGACCAAGCGCUUGCCCACGCAACUUCGUCUCAGCACCGCCCUUCCGGUAACUCAACGCUCCGCAUCAAGCCCAACUCCAACCUCAAAGUCAAGCGCGGCGAAUUUCAGGAAGGUAAAGUCUUCCUGCCUUCGCGUCCUAAGUGGCAGGAGACUCUUGGUCAGUUUCCCCUCAUAGGGUGGAUUGUCGGCUCUGGCAACGGCCUCAUCGGUGACCAGGUGCCACGCAACGCGGACGGGAAAUUCGACCACGCAAAUGCCAGCCUGUAUUGGCAGUUGUGGUAUGCGAUCGAUUCAUGUGCGGGAACGGACUUUUGCGGUGUCAAGGAGAUUGAGUAUGACGAGUAGAACGAUAUCCACGUUUGGGGUUUAGCAUUGGGUGGCGUCAGGUUUUCACGGGUUUCUUGCAUGAUUUGUGGCACGAUAUCGCCGCUUCGUGCAGUCUCUGGUCUUGUAUAGGUCCAUUCUUUGAGCGUUCCGACGCUUGGUAGAAGAUUAAUCCACGUCAUGUACAUUUAUCCCAACAUUCUGUCGUAGCCUCACUCCCUGUC